AUGCCUAGUCAGAUUCGUCGUGUCGCCGUCAUUGGCGCCGGUCCCGCUGGGGCUAUUGCUACUGAUGCCUUGGUCAAGGAGGGAGCGUUUGACACGAUUCGUGUCUUUGACCGCCGAGCUGGUGUUGGGGGAACAUGGAUUCACACACCUCAUCUGCCAGCCGGGAUUCCGUCCUUGAAGAAGGUGCUUGCUGGGGAUGCUGACACCGCUGUGCCAAUUCCAGAGAAUCUCCCAGCUGUUACAACUGUCUCCGAGGCUGUCAACAGUCACCAGUACCGCUUCUCAGACACAGCCAUUCAUGAGAACCUUCACAGCAACAUCACGCCCGCCAUCAUGAGCUUCACUCAAGAGCCAUUCCCAGACAAGCUCUCUCAGCGCAGUCUGGAUGAGUAUGGACCCAACGCUCCUUUCCGUCACCACACGACUAUCCGUGAGUGGAUAGAGGGCAUCUUUUCUCGAGGUGGCCAUGAGAAGCUGCUUGAGCUGGAUACGACAGUUGAGCGUGCUGUCAAGGAGAAUGGUGAGUGGGUGUUGACUCUCCGCAAAGUCGUCAAUGGCAGAAAUUACUGGUGGCGCGAGACCUUUGACGCCCUCGUCGUUGCAUCCGGUCAUUACAAUGUUCCCUGGUUUCCAGAGGUUACCGGACUCAUCGAGUUUGACAAAAGGUUCCCUGGGGUUGUUCAGCACAGUAAGCAUUUCAGGGAAGGGCCCAAGUAUACAGGAAAGCGUGUCAUUGUAGUCGGUGCCUCGGUGUCUUCACACGAGAUCAUCCACGAAAUCCUCGACUUCACUGAAGGGCCUGUAUACGCAUCAAUACGUGGUGAUCCCAUCCCGGCAUUUGGCUGGGAACCAUUUACACAUCCCAAGAUAGCCAUCAAGCCAGCUAUCAGUCGCCUUGAUCCCGAGACUGGCAAGGUUCACUUCACCGACGGCACGCAGCUGGACAAGGUAGAUCACAUCAUCUACGGAACGGGAUAUACCUUUAGCUUUCCGUUCCUACCUGAAGUCCAAUCCCGGGUCAAGAAUGCCUACCGGCGACUUCCUGGCGUCUACCAACACACAUGGAACAUUGAAGACCCAACCCUAACGUUUGUUGGAAUGCUCGGGGGCGGCUUCACAUUCAGAGCAUACGAAUGGCAGGCCGUGGCCGUCGCAAGAACACUUUCUGGAAGGGCCAAGCCGCUGCCUUCAGUUCCUGAGCAGCUCGAGUGGGAGCGGAAGCGAGUCGCCGAGAAGAAGGGAGGCAAAGAUUACUACUCUAUUGCCCCUGAUUACGACAAGUAUCUCGAGUUUUUGAGGGACAUUGCUGGGGAACCAGCGCAAGGUACCAAUGGUCGAACACUACCUCCUUUCGAUCCAAAGUGGUUAGAGAUCUGGGCUGGCAUGGUGGCUCCCAAACUGGAAGGAUGGAGACGCAAGAGAAAGUUGGCCGAGGAGAAGCAGGCAUUGAGGUCGAAGCUAUAG